AUGAAGAUGAUGGAAGAAGAAGAAGAAGAAGAAGAAGAUGGAGAGAAUGAAGGGAGCGUAGGUACCUUUUAUACUACUUGGACAUACCUUAGGGUGGAGGGGCAGCAUACCGAAGGAUUCUCACACUGGUCCAGUAGCAUGACAGGAAUGUCGAUACCCAACCUUGAAGUGGAAAGUCCCGUUCGUUGCAUGGGCCUUGAAUGUAGAGGCACAUCGAAAGUCGGCGGCUAUUGGCAGAUCAAAUUCCAAGCUGAAACACGCGUCUCAAAGCUUCUUUCUCUUAGCUCAGGAGGUAUUGACCAAGGAGCGCGCGAGAAACAAUGGGGCUCCUUCGGGGUUCUCCCGGAGCACUACCAGUCGUGUAAGUAUCCAUCUACUCCUACGGUAAUACCUGUAGUAUCCUCCCAGGUAUAUUGA